GACCGAUGGCUGGCUGAGGAGUCGCACAAGCAGAACAUGGACAUCCUCAGCAACCUGGAACGCAUGGAGAAGCAGGUGGAGGCGUUGCGGAAGCAGGAGCGCGAGAACUACGCAGAGCUCGCGAAGCUGCAACAUCAAGUUAAAGACCAAGACCAGCGGAACAAGAUGGUCGAGGCUCAGCUGAACGCGGAGCGCUUGAAGAACUCCAACAUGGUGCCACGGGAGGAGCACGAGGCGGCGAAGGAGGAGACGCGGCUGGCAAGGCAGCGCUGCGUCGAACUCGAGGAGAUGUAUGCCACAAAGGAGAAGGAUUACCAGAACAUUGUGGAUGCCUACAAGCAGGUCAGUGGCCACGACACCGGUGUUGAGGUCAGGCCACUGACGCCGCGGCCCAUGUGGACUCACUGCCGAGGCCUUUUGGACCCUGAGGGCCCUCGCUCCAUGCAGCAGAGUGACCUGCUGCAGGAUCUGGUGGUGCGCAUCUCCGCAGCUUCCAGGACCUUGCUGGCGGCCUAUGGGCUGCAGAGCGCGACGCUGAAGUCCUCGCUCUUCGGGAAGUUCGCCAAGCCAAGCCCGCGAAGUUGA